AUAGCUGCCAACCAACAUAGCUGCCUAUUCCCCCUCCUACCACCUCACCACACCGCCCUUGGUAGAAGGCUGCCGCUGCUGCUGAGGAUGAUGAUGAUGACGAUGACGCAACCGACUCGGCUUGGCUGUGGAUUCUGGGAGAAAUUCACUCAACAGCCAUCUUCGGGGUCUCGGCUGUCAAGCGGCACCUUUACAUUAUACAGUUAGGGUCACUUGUCUCAAAACAACAAACUAUUUCAGUAUGGCCGGUCUUUAAAGGGUUGCACCAUCGCUGUAGCAGAGAGCCGAAGGGAAGCGAGUCUCAGGCGUUAUCGGUGGAUUGCUAACGGAAAGCCGCUACCGCCUCUCAUCUGGUGCCAAGCGAUCCGAGUCAAGUGUACAUUUAGGGAGAUGUCGACCAUGGUGUACCCACGAGACGAAGCCCUGGAGCGGCUUAGUCAGGACGAGAUCGUCCUCAACACCAAGGCGGUCAUCCAGGGCCUGGAGACGCUGCGGGGGGAGCAUGCCCAGCUCCUCAACUCACUGCUGGACUGCACGCAGCCACCCGUAGCCCAGGAGCGGUCGGGCCUGCUGCGCAAGAGCAUGGAGGCCAUCGAGUUGGGCCUCGGGGAGGCACAGGUGAUCAUCGCAGCGAAACUGGCCCUGGCCCUGUCAGGCCACCUCAGCGCCGUGGAGUCGGAGAAGCAGAAGCUGCGGGCCCAGGUGCGCGGGCUAUGCCAGGAGAACCAGUUGCUCCGCGACGAGCUGGCCAACACGCAGCACAAGCUCCAGCGCAGCGAGCAGAGCGUGGCCCAGCUGGAGGAGGAGAAGAAGCACCUGGAGUUCAUGAACCAGAUCAAGAAGUACGACGAGGACCCCGCCGCCGGGGCCUCCCCGUCCGACGAGAAGGGCCAGGCUGGGGGAGGAGGAGGAGGAGGGGGGGGGGACGGCUCCAAGGAUAACCUGGAUGAUCUGUUCCCCAACGAUGAGGACCAGGGGCCAGCCCAGCCCAGCGGCGAGGUGGCAGCCCAGCAGGGGGGCUAUGAGAUCCCAGCCCGCCUGCGGACCCUCCACAACCUGGUGAUCCAGUACGCGUCGCAGGGCCGCUACGAGGUGGCCGUGCCGCUCUGCAAGCAGGCCCUGGAGGACCUGGAGAAGACCUCGGGCCACGACCACCCCGACGUGGCCACCAUGCUCAACAUCCUGGCCCUGGUCUACAGGGACCAGAACAAGUACAAGGAGGCGGCCCACCUGCUGAAUGACGCCCUGGCCAUCCGGGAGAAGACCCUGGGCCGGGACCACCCGGCGGUGGCCGCCACCCUCAACAACCUGGCCGUGCUCUACCGCAAGAGGGGCAAAUACAAGGAGGCGGAGCCGCUGUGCAAGAGGGCCUUGGAGAUCAGAGAGAAGGUCCUGGGGAAGUAUCACCCGGACGUGGCCAAGCAGCUCAACAACCUGGCGCUGCUCUGCCAGAACCAGGGCAAGUACGAGGAGGUGGAGUACUACUACCAGCGGGCCCUGGAGAUCUACCAGUCCAAGCUGGGCGCCGACGACCCCAACGUGGCCAAGACCAAGAACAACCUGGCCACCUGCUACCUGAAGCAGGGCAAGUACAAGGACGCUGAGGCCCUCUACAAGGAGAUCCUGACCCGCGCGCACGAGAAGGAGUUCGGCUCUGUUAACAACGACAACAAGCCCAUCUGGAUGCAUGCAGAGGAGCGGGAGGAGAGCAAGGGAAAGCGUAAGGACUGCGGCCCCGCUGUGGAGUAUGGAGGCUGGUACAAGGCCUGCAAGGUGGACAGCCCUACAGUCAACACCACCCUGAAGAGCCUGGGCUCGCUGUACCGCCGCCAGGGCAAGCAUGAGGCAGCCGAGACACUGGAGGAGUGCGCCAACAAGACCCGCAAACAGUGCCUACCAUCUUCCUGGGGAAGAAGCCCAAGGAGAAGGACCUGGAUUCCAAGAGCCAGAUGAUCGAGGGCAUCAGCCGGCUCAUCUGUUCCGCCAAGCAGCAGCAGACCAUCCUGAAAGUAUCCAUCGACGGCGUGGAGUGGAACGACGUCAAGUUCUUCCAGCUGGCCGCACAGUGGCCCACCCACGUCAAGUACAUCCCCGUCGGACUCUAUGGCUACAGCAAGCCCCCCUCCUAGGGGUCUGCGUCCAUCACGACCUCGGACCCACCCCCCCCUCAACCCGUACCCAGCCCGACUCGACAUCAUGACCUCCUCCUCUCUCCCCCCCCCCCCCCUCCGUGGCUGCUCAUGCGGAAGCCUAACCCUUCAACCCCGCCAAGGCCCUUGAGCAAUGCAACGUCAUUCAGACGCAGGUCUCGUUCGUUGGGUUUGUUGUCGUUUUUUGUGUGCGUUUGUUUCUUCUACUGUUUGCUCAUUUAUUCUCCAAGACGCACAGAAGGGAGAGAUAGGGAGUGUGUUUUUUUGGGGGGUGCAUUGCUACUACUAGUCACUUUAUUACGUGUGUGCAUGCGUGUGUGUGUGAGUGUGCGAGUUUAUGUGUGUGUGCGUGAGUGUGUGGCCAUGUACACGUGAAUGUUAAUUGACAAAUGAAUGUGUGCUUGUGUAUGUGUUCAUUAGGGGCUUACAUAUUGGCACAGCUUUCCUUCUAUACCUGCUCAUUAGCUACUGAUCCAUGACACCCCCAAAAGCAUGAAGACUACAAACUAUUGUACUCUUAACCAACCCCUGAUACCGCUGUUCCUAAAUCACUUAACCAUUGACCCUGACCUUGAUGGUUUCAAACCUAUAAAACUGCCCCGAAACCAGAAGACCGAAACUCAAACCAUGCAUGUUUAGACAUCCCGUCUAUGCCACUUGUGUGCCGGAAAAAACAACAACAACAACAACAAUAUUUAAAACAGGGCUACCGCUUUAGCAUGCGACGGAUAGCUUACAAAAAACGUUUACCAAUGAAGGCUGGUAGCAUGCGAUGCUGACGUCUGACCGUGUUUCAUACAGAUGCGCCCAUCAGUUUGCUUAGAAUUGAAGGGCUUCUGUUGUUGCAAAAAGCAUUUCUGAUGCCUUAUUGCGUCUAGGUCUCUAUGAUCAUGCAUAAUGUACCUUGGGAACCAGCCCCUCCCCUUUAAUCCUGCGUCGGGGCGUGUCAUCCUAAACGAGCACACUGGAAAGAACUCUGGUGCCAAGUUGCACUUCAUUGUCUUAUUUUCUAUGCACUUUUUUUUCUCAAUAACAAACCGGCAUGUAGUCCCUACCUACUCUCCUGUUGCGCUUAA